AUGAGGCUCCGCCUGCCUCUACGAGGAGGCGAAUUUGCCACCACUGUCAGUGUCUACGCUCUCCCGAUGACCAGCCCCGACGAAGCGACGAACGAAUUCUCCGAGGACCUGCAUGCUCUCCUGGCGUCUGUGCCGAGGGCGGAUAAGUUGAUUGUCCUUGCUGACUUCAGCGCCCGCGUCAAUACAAACCAUGCUGCCUGGAAAGGAGUGCUGGGCCCUCAUGGUCUUGAUGGAUCAAAUAACAAUGGCCUGCUUUUCCUGCGAACCUGCGCAGAACACCGAAUCAUCCUCACUAACACCUACUUCCGCUUUCCGACGCGGGAGAGAGCGGCCUGGAUGCAUCCUCGGUCGCUGAACUGGAAUCUGCUGGACUAUGUCCUCACCCGGAGGAGAGACCAACGGGACAUGCUGGUGACAAAGACGAUUCCGGGUGUCGACAGGUGGACUGACCAUCUCCUCGUCAUCUCUAAGAUGACGAUUUGUCUACAGCCUCAUAGGAGACCUCAAGGUAAGCGACCAUCAGGUAAGUCGAAUUUGAUAAAUGUGUCUGCCCAUUAUCUCCACUUCAGCAAUGAACUUGCCCAAAGGCUAGCCAACCUUCCAGUCGUCGCCGACGACGACGCCCAGUGGAGAACCGAUGGUGCCAACUGAGGGGCCCAAUCCGGUCAACCACCUUGACUGUCCUCGGCCGUUCACGGCGCGAGCAUCAGGACUGGUUGUACGACGCCGCCGCCGCCGCCGCCAUAAGCAAUCUAAUUGCCGAGAAGAACCGGCUGCAAAAACCGUACGUUAACCUGGAAAAUCAUGUAAAAAUUCGGCUGUAGCGAGCGAUCCCUCAGAUGGUGCAUUAGCUCCACGAUAGCAUGCUGGCGCACAUCACGGACAAUGGAGCCGUCUCAGAAGCAUUCUCAGCAAGCAAUGGAGUGAAGUAGGACUAAGUCCUGUCGCCUACCCUCAUCAGUCUCAUGUUCUCUGUUAUGCUAAUGGAAGCCUACCGUGACGAAAACCCCGGGAUCCGCGUCGCCUGCAGGAUAGACGGAUGCACUUCCAGUAGCGCGCGUCCACAACUGCCGUCCAUGAGCUUCUCUUCGCCGACGAUUGCAGCCUCAGCACCGCAACAGAGGGAGACAUGCAAAGGAGCACGGACCCCUUCGGCGCCUGCGACGUCGCCCAACAAUCAACACGGACAAAGCAGCGGCCGUACACCAACUGUACCGAACGCUGACUACAAUUCUCCUCGGAUCACUGCCAACGGUAACCAACCCCAAAGCAAGACAGGCCUUUGGCUGGCUGAAAGCCUCCGUGUGGAAUCGUUACGGCCUUCAACUGGACACCAAAACAAGGCCGUUACCUUGUCGACACUUCUGUACGUGGCGGAGACUUGGACCGUCUACACAAACCAUGCCAGGAAGCCCAGCCACUUCUAGCCCAACUGCCUUCGCAGAAUACUGAAACAGAGAUGGUAGGACAUGAUCUCGAACACAGACGUCCUGGAAUGGACCGGAAUCCUCAGCAUUCACAUCAUGCUAAGGCAACUGCAACUGCAAUGGAGCGACCACCUGGUGAAAAUGGACGACGCUCGUCUACCGAAACCAACCUUCCACGGAAAUGUCGCCACGGGUGCUCGCCGACCAGCAGAACUAAAACGACGUUAAAAGGACAUUCUGAAGACUUCACUGAAGCGCCUGCAGAUCAACCCGACAAACUGGGAAGACCUCGGCCGAACCGACCAGCCUGGAGGAGGACAGUGAGGAUGGGAGCAGCGAUCUACGAAGCCAACCGCAUCACUGCCGCCAACGCCAAACGUGAAGCUCGAAAACCCCGACUGCCCCGCCUCGCAACGCCAACACUCAGUCGACCCCAACAUGCCCGCGGUGUCAGCAAGCGCUCUGGGCACCAGUCGAUCUUCUUGGGCAUCUUCAAACCAACUGCAUCUCCCGGACGACAUCACCUGAUGCAUUCCCGUCCACCUCUGUCCAGCCGCCACGUCGAUAAGCAACCGUAA